AUGAAAGUUCAAAGAAGAAGCCUUUCUAAGGAAAUAAAAGCAUAAAGAUCAUUAUUAUUUAAGUAUCUUUUAAUAUUAUAAAGUUAAUCAGUAGUUUCUUCUAUAUGUCCCAAAAUGUACUAAAACUAAUUAAUUGAUUAUAAAAAUGUUGAAACCUUUAUAAAACUUAGAUAAAUGAAUUGUGACAAGAGUAUAUCAUUGCUUAAUUGUUCAAAAUAAAUAAAUAGAAUAGAUGAAUCAAUGAUUUAAGUUAAAUGUAAUAAUAAAGAAGUAGUUGAUAAUUCUAAUAAUGUAAGAUAUUAUAAAUAUAAUUAGACUAGAAACAUAGCUAGAUAGGUGUUAAAAGAAUGUUUAUAAAGAAGAAAAUAAAAAUUGGUGAGAACAGAUGACUUAUUUGAAAAUUCUUAUUUACUUGAGGAAAAAUCUGCAAAUGAUUACUAAAGUUCACUUAACAAACAUAUUGAGGAUUCCAAGUAAUUAUAAGGGUCAAUCUAAUUUAAUUUAGAAAAAUUAUCAAGACAUUAACUUUAUUAAAAGUUAAAAGAUUUGUAAUUUUUAUUUUUGAAUAUUAGAAACAAAAACUUUAAUCUAAAUCAAAAAUAAGAAAUUAGCAAUGAAAAAUAUGAAUUCUCAAAUCAGAAAAAGUUAAAUUUAAUGGAAGUAUAAAUAAAUCUAAAAAUUAGAUAACUUUGCAUAGUACUGUAGAACCUAGUAAUACAGAGAUUUCUCCUAUUACUAUAUUUAAUGAUACACAAAAUAAAAUAAUUAAGGAUAAAUUAAAAUUAUUAGUAUCCCCUUUAAAUCCUAUUUAAAAUCAUAAAAAAAGACAAUCAACAAUUCCUUACUUUCCAAAAAAUGCAUUAAACAUAAAAUUAAAUUAGAUUAAUUUUAUGAAUUAAGAUAAUUAAAAUCUUACAUCAACUAAUACAAGUAAUAUUAAUUCGUUAAUGAGAAAUAAAUCUUAUCUUUAUAGUCGAGAAAUAAAAAGAAUUCACAUUCAUAGUGAAUCAUGA